AUGCUGGGUCCAGGCAAGCCUCAGCAUCAUAUAUUGAACCAUGGCAUCGGACGCCUUGGGCACAUCAAGGACAGAAAGGACAGUGGGCGGAGCGCCAGACAUGUAGCGGGCGCACGACUCAGAGCAAAUAUUAUUAGGGCCAACAUCAAGGCCAAUGGAACACCAGGCGCCACCAUGAUGACAACGAAAUUUGUUACAAUUACGCGUGCAAUGUUAAUGAGAGGACAUGGCAGCGUUGGUCUGCCGAGGAAUAACAGGACUACCACGGUCGCUAUCGCGCUUGUCGAAGAAUUGCUGCCGGCGCGGACUCAGUCGGAGCAGCGCUGCGUGAUCAAGAAGGACGGGGCAAAGUGCCCGCGCGUGAACUUGGACGUUUACUUUUGA